AUGGCUGAAAUGAAUACUUGGCACGAAAUUGAUCUCUCUUCUCGAGAUGAAGAGGACCCGGAGCUUCCAGAAAUCGCAGCAGGACCUUCAAUAUAUUCCAAUGGCUGGCCGCUUGGAAGCUCCACACAGGUUCAACCAGAUCCACUCAGCUCACCAAUACCAGCACCAGCUGCAGCAACCAUAGCAACACCGUUUCCUCAUAGAGAUGCAGCUGCCACUGCCAGUCGCUUUAGCUCCUUUUGGCGUCGGAACAAACACUGCUUCGUGAGCUUACUCCUCAUACUAAUUACUAGCGUCAUUGCCUUCUCAGCUUCUUUCACAGUUGCUUAUCACAUAGACAUCCACCUAAGUGAAUCCCAGUGGGACUCAACGCCAGCAAACGCAUCUUCCACCCCCAUCCCAGCAGUAUGUUCCGGCUCAGAAGAGUACAAACUUGCAAUCGAAGUAAAAGAAAAAAGCCUCAUGAACCCUAGAAGUCUUGGGAAAUCGAAGGAGCUUGACAAGGCAGCUGGUGGAGAUUGCAUCGAAUAUCUGGACGGUAUUGCCAGCAACGCAGCAAUACAUCAGGGAUACGCAGCAUUGAACUGA